UUAUACAUACAGUUUUCCAGCUUGUGUUUAGACUGCAAAAAAAUCUCGGUGAAUAAUUUCAUGAUUAAAAUGGAACCACCAAGCGAGUUUGCCGAGAAGCCAGCCACCCAUGACCACCAGCCGCGUCUCAACGAGGUGGCCCAAAAGUUUCUGGCCGACUUGGACGAGGAGCGCCAGCGUUUGUCCGCCGAAUUUCCACUAUGCGCAUUGCUCAUCGACGAGGCUGUGGACCGGGUCUACUGCACGGGUCGCAUUCCCGGCAAGGAGUUCUACGCCGAUGUGUACAAGCAGAAGCCGAUGAAGAUUACCCAAAAGGUUUUCGUGCCCGUCAAGCAGUACCCCAAGUUCAACUUUACUGGCAAGAUACUGGGACCCAAGGGCAACUCGCUGCGCCGCCUGCAAGAGGAGACUCAGUGCAAGAUAGCCAUCAAGGGACGCAGUUCGAUCCGCGAUCGGAACAAGGAGGAGCAGCUGCGCAACUCGGGUGAUCCGAGGUACGCCCACUUACAGAAGGACCUCUUCCUGGAGGUCAGCACGGUGGCCACUCCGGCGGAGUGCUAUGCCCGUAUAGCCUACGCCCUGGCCGAGAUCCGUAAGUAUCUAAUUCCAGACAAGAACGACGAGGUUUCACACGAACAACUGCGCGAACUGAUGGAAAUGGAUCCCGAGUCGGCCAAAAGUAUUCACGGACCCAACCUGGAAGCCUACAGAUCUGUUUUCGACAAGAAAUUCGGAGGCAGCAGCAAUGGAGCUCCCAAGUACAUCAACCUAAUCAAGCGCGCUGCGGAAAAUCCGCCCGAAGUCGAUGAUGCGGAGGAGGUGGCCUACGAGUAUGAGCACCGUAUGCCCCCCAAGCGUCCACCCACGGGCUAUGAGUACAGCAAACCACGUCCAUCAAUAAUACCGACAAACGCAGCGGCAUAUAAACGUCCAUAUCCGACUGACAUGAAACGUAUGCGCGAACCACCCAUCAAGUCCUAUAAGCCCAAUCCGUAUACCAUACUCAAAAAAUAUAAAUAAUAGUACCGAGCUGCGCCGAUCGGAGCUCCGGUCGACUCCGGCACACACCGCUAUAAAUGAUAACUAAGGACGAUGUUUAUGUUAUAAAUCCCAUACUGGGAGCUCUAUGAAUAUACCUAAAGCCUAAAAUUUCCUGAUCUAACAAGGAGAAAGCAGCGUUUAAAAUGAUGCUAUGAAUGAAUAACGAGUAACAUUUAUAAAAAUGCCUACUGGCGCUAUUAAUUCCCACAAACAUAAUAUUAAUCUUAAUUUAUAUUUCGCAUAAACCUGUUCGAACUCUUGACGCUGUGGACUAUGUCAACGGAUCAUAAGCCCAUUAUAUAAUAUUCUGUUUUAAUUAUUAUUUCCUGAGUUCGUGGUUUUCUAUGAUUCUCAAAAUGUGUAAUGAAACGAAAAAAAUGAAUGAAUUUAAUAAAUACUGUCAAAACGAGUCCAACUAUAA